UUGUAAAUGUGUGAACGCUCUGUGGGUGGGAACAAGAGUGCAAUAAAAGGACUUCACACACACCUGAAAGCUAUUGAUUACAUAGUAAAGGCAUCGCUCGAUACAGAUAAUCAUGCUUGCCCGGAUUUGUUUGGUACUUUGUUUGGCAGCUGUGGCCACCGCUAAGGUCAUUCCUGAUGGCUCAAAAGAGCCUGACUGUUCUGCAUACCACAUGCCUAGCUGCACCCGAGAGUAUAACCCUGUGUGUGGUACUGAUGGGGUUACAUACCCCAAUGAAUGCUCCCUGUGUCUCAAAAAUGAGGAGUUGAAGGUCAACAUGCUGAUCUCCAGGCAGGGCGAAUGCUGAGACACAAAUACACCCAUUUUAAAAGUGAGAAGGCUGGUGGAACUGCAUUUUUUUUUUUUUUGUUUGUUUUUUUAACCAAAUUAAGUUUUAACCUUAAGAUUAAGUGUUUGGCGCUCUUGUUUUGUAAAUCAAUCCUGUUUUGGUAGAUCUAAUGCUUAAAGCCUGGCUUAAGUCAGCCAUGAUGCAUUGAAUACAAGAGUGAAAAUGUCCAAUAAUGGCAGUUUGUGAAAUUGAGUAGUAUAUGGCUGGUCAUGUGAUCAUAACAUGGCAGCACCCAUGAGGGGACCCUCUCCAUAUAGAUAAUAAAAUAAAACGGCAUUUUAAAGAUCA